AAGCUUAGAUUUUUUCUUGCUCAAGAGAGGAGAGUUGGCAGAGAAUUUUUAAUCUUAGAUAUUCCUCUUUUGUUGGAGACAAAGUUCCAUUCGGAUUGUAAUUUUAUUAUUUUUGUUCAUGCGAAUAGAUUGAUACAAAACCAAAGACUUAGUAGGCGUAACGUGGAUGAGAAAAAGUUAACUCUAAUGUGCAGUAGUCAACUUUCCUUGCGGUUAAAAAGAAAACUGAGUAAUUUUACUAUCAAUACUGGUGUUAACAAAGGAUAUGUUUUUUCUCAAGUAAAAGAAGUUCUUGCAGUUGCAAAAACUGCAAAUUUUUCUACCUCUUGUUAG